AUGUCCGAUCCAGCCGAACUUAAAUUUCCUCCGCCUCAGUGCGAAGUGUUUGUUUUUGGGGAUUGGACCCUGAAGGUGACGAAGAGUCAUAUAAUGGGAUCACAGUGUGAGUUACCGUCACUGUGCACGGAGGACACGGAAGUGGACAAGCUGUGUAAUUUGUGCCGUCGUACCUUGACUUACGAGUGCCCCAACUUACGAGUUUUCGAGUUACGAGCCGUUGCUCGAGCAGAUUGUGAGUUUGCCAAGAAGGUGGUGAAGCCGUACGACUGGACGUACACCACAAACUUCAGAGGGACGCUGUCUGGAAGCCUCAAGGCAGAAGCCUCCACUGAGCGCAUCGAUCUCGACAAAUUACGAGUACAAGAGGAAAUUAAAUUCUAUGAAGAAAUUUUCUUAUAUGAAGACGAGUUAGACGACAACGGAAGUACGAGAUGUGUGGUGAAAGUGCGAGUGAUGCCCAGCGGGUUCUUUGUGGUAUUCCGUCACUACUUGCGGGUGGACCAGGUGAUAGUCAGAGUGAAUGACACCAGACUCUACAGCCCCGUUGGUGCCUCAUAUAUACUCCGGGAAACGUCAACAAGAGAGGCCCCAAUCUCCAAGUUGCGAGUGGAUUCAUCAGUGUACAACACUCCGGACCUAGUGUGGCAACACCUUCCACUGGUGAAGGAGAGCAUUGACAAGUUAGUGGUGGAGUCCUGAGAACUUAGUUUUAAGUCGUCCCUCUUCGUCUGGUGGUUGUUAAAGAAAUCAUGCAGGGCGUAAGUGCAAGUUGAUCAUUUAUUAACAGGCAUGACCAGACAUUUUAAGCCACAUGUCUAAAUAUUGAUUAUCAUUACUUUGGUUACAUUAGCCAUUAAGCAGUCAGCCAGUGUUGGUAUGAAGUGCACUUCAAAAUUAUGUAGAUGGUGAAAUCUAAAUCUAAAAUGUGAUUGUCUCAGGAUACCGAGGGUAUUCAAAAAAGAAAUUAAUAAUUGUUGUGUCAGUAGGGCAGCACAACUUCCACAAAAUCUUAAUGGAUGGACAAUGCCAGCGUUGUAUGACCCUUAUGGGUUUAGUGCCUGGUUUUUAUUGUAAUAAUGGAUGGAUGAUGACAUAUAUUAGCUAAAGCAUGCAACUCAGAAGAGUUUCCUCUGUCAGUGAGGGGCUCUUGAUCCAAGGAACUGUACCUGACCUGUUGAAAAAAUAUAUA